GAUAUUCGCUUCCCUUGGGAGACCAGGCAGGCAACCACCCUUUCAGUUCAACACCGUCAACUCAACGAAGCGCAGCGCAGCGGCAGCAGAACGCCUCUCCUCUCGCCGCCACCUCCUCGCAUUUGCUUGCUUGCUCCUCUCCUCUCCCCGCUCCCAAGCCCUCCCCGUCGCCGCCUCUGCCGCCGCCGUCAUCGGAGCCAUGUCCGGCGCGGCGGUCCAGGCGGUGGAGCCCCGCCCAGCGGCAGCUGCCGCCGCUUCUCCGGCCACCACGUCUCAGGCGGCGGCAGCAGCGAGGGGAGGGGUAGGAGGGUGCGGCGGCCCGGCACGGCCGGCGGCAACGAUGGAGCACGUGCUGCUAGCGCUGCGCGAGACGGAGGGGGAGCGGGAGGCGCGGAUCCGCGGCGUUUUCGGCUUCUUCGACGCGGCGGGGCGGGGCCACCUCGAGCACGCACAGAUCGCAGCCGGUCUCGCCGCGCUGCGCGUGCCGGAGGGGAGCGGCGGCGGCGGGGGAGCCGAGGACUACGCGCGCGCGCUGCUCCGCGCCUGCGACCGCGAUCGCGACGGCCGCGUCGGCUACGACGACUUCCGCAGGUACAUGGACGACAAGGAGCUCGAGCUCUACCGCAUCUUUCAGGCCAUCGACGUUGAGCACAACGGGUGCAUCUUACCCGAGGAGCUCUGGCACGCGCUCGUCAAGGCUGGUAUAGAGAUUGAUGAUGAAGAGCUUGCACGAUUCGUUGAGCAUGUGGAUAAGGACAACGAUGGAAUUAUUACUUUUGAGGAAUGGAGAGACUUUCUUUUGCUUUAUCCGCAUGAAGCAACCAUUGAGAACAUCUAUCAUCACUGGGAAAGAAUCUGCCUUGUAGAUAUAGGUGAGCUGGCUGCUAUACCAGAAGGAAUAAGCAAACAUGUAAGUGCAAGCAAAUAUCUGAUCGCAGGAGGGAUUGCUGGUGCAACAUCUCGUACUGCAACGGCACCUCUUGAUCGCCUGAAAGUUAAUAUGCAAGUGCAAACAAACAGUACUACAGUUGCACGUGCAGUUAGGGAUAUAUGGAGAGAGGGCGGUCUGUUGGGAUUUUUCAGAGGGAAUGGACUGAAUGUGGUAAAAGUUGCUCCAGAAAGUGCUAUAAGAUUCUACACCUAUGAAAUGCUUAAAGAAUACAUAAUGAAAAGUAAAGGUGAAAAUAAGAGUGACAUUGGUACUUCUGGACGUCUCAUGGCUGGUGGUUUGGCUGGUGCAGUUGCACAGACAGCAAUUUAUCCCAUCGAUUUAGUGAAGACUCGUCUACAGACUUAUGAGGGUGGCAGAAUUCCUGGCCUUGGUGCACUAUCAAGGGAUAUAUGGAUGCAUGAAGGUCCUCGAGCAUUCUACAGAGGCCUUGUUCCAUCUUUGCUUGGCAUGGUCCCUUAUGCUGGAAUUGAUCUUACUGUUUAUGAAACACUGAAAGAAAUGUCCACGACAUAUGUCCUCAAGGACAGCGAUCUUGGCCCUUUAGUGCAAUUGGGCUGUGGAACAGUUUCAGGAGCGCUAGGAGCGACAUGUGUUUACCCUUUACAAGUCAUCAGAACAAGAAUGCAAGCCCAGCCAGCCAAUUCAGAGGAUGCAUAUACAGGAAUGGCUGAUGUUAUUCGGAGAAUGCUAAGGCGUGAGGGAAUUUCUGGAUUUUACAAAGGGCUUGUACCAAAUCUUCUCAAAGUGGUGCCAGCUGCAAGUAUUACCUAUCUUGUUUAUGAGACGAUGAAGAAAAGUCUCUCCCUAGAUUAAAUGGUUUUGUAGGUUUUGCAUAUCAACAGUCACCAUCGAUAUGGUUGACUGUUGAGAUAAUUUUGAGGCAUGACCUUCCUGAGUUCUAACUUAACGUUCCUGAAGUGUGAGAUAGUAUGGAUAAAGUAAAGGGAGGGCAUUUUCUCAUUCUUAUUGGCAGAAAUAAAAAGGUGAUACUUGCCAGAUCAUCAAGGUCACAUACUGGAA